UCCACUGUACUCCUCCUUCAAGCUGCAUGAAGAGUCUGCUACUUCUCUGUCUCUCCUGAUGCAACGUUUAAUGGCUUGUUUUUAUGAAAGUGCUGAACUUCGGUGACGUUUGCGGACAUUUACUUCAUCAUCUGUGAGUGAGAAAGAAGAGGUGGCAGGACUGUGACUCACAUUCUCCAUCAGGUUGUUGUUUGUGUCAUUCAUGCGGUAGGUAGGGUGAACACUCUGGCAGGCUUCAAAGUAGAGGGGAGAGAGACAGAGGCACACUAGGUUUUUUUUUGUUGUUGUUUUUUGUGUGCAGAGCUUCUAGCCUUGGUCACGCGUUGAAUGGGCAGCAGCUGGACUGGAAUACAUUUCUGGCAAGCAGUGUUGAUGAUGCAUACGCGGUCUGGGGAAAGGUCCUCUCCCGACAGCUAGCCAGGGCGACCCAGCAGCCUGUGGAGUAGUGUAGCCACUUGAGAGGGAUACGGAGACGGCCACAGAACAACAGAAGUGCACCACAAGGCUAAAGGCUAGAAUGUGACUCUGAUUCAUCUUCCAUUACCAUUCAUUAAUGGUGUAAACAGGCGAGAUUGAUAUAAUCAAUGGACUACCGAUUGAGACAACACUGAGUACAACCUUUCGGUUCUUACCUCAUCAGACCCUAUUUCUCCACACGCUCAGACCAACAGCUGUGUUUACGACCAUGGGACUGGAUUGAUAAGUUCAUAGUAUGGAAUCUGCUCUGUUACUCUCCACGGUCCAUCUACACCUGAACACAAACAGCUACGACAACAACAGCAGCAUCUGCACCAGCCGGGGCAUCCACCCGGAUGACCCUAACGCUUUGACGCUCAAUCAGUCGCUUUCGCUUCAUGGCAGACUUCACAGCGCCCUCCUGGGUGUCUCUCUGGGCUUCCUCUCCCUCCUCACCAUCAUAAUGAACCUGCUGGUUCUUUACGCCGUGAAGAAAGAGAAGAGCUUGCACACGGUGGGGAACCUCUAUGUUGUUAGUUUAUCCGUAGCUGAUUUGAUCGUCGGAACCACGGUGAUGCCGCUCAACCUGGUGUAUCUGCUGGAGGACGAGUGGAAGCUGGGCAGGGCCAUCUGCCAGUUUUGGCUGAUUAUGGAUUAUGUGGCGAGCACUGCAUCCAUUUUUAGCUUGUUUAUCCUCUGUUUGGAUCGGUACCGUUCUGUCAGACAGCCGCUCAAGUACCUCAAGUAUCGAACACGGGGGAAAGCGAGCGUGAUGAUAUCCGGAGCCUGGCUGCUGUCAAUGAUGUGGAUUGUUCCUAUUCUAGGAUGGAGGUCCUUCACCUGUGUAGAGCUUAAACCCGAAGAGGAAAACAAGUGUGACACAGACUUCCGCUUCGUUACAUGGUUCAAAGUUAUUACAGCUGUCUUUAAUUUUUAUAUACCUUCAGUUUUGAUGCUUUGGUUUUACACUCACAUCUACUUAGCAGUGAGGCAACACUUAAGAGACAGAGAGAGGAUCAUCCAUCCAACAAAUUCAUUUGGGGAAAAUGAGAAUGGGCAAAAUGCUCAGACAUUAAACGCCUCGAAGUCUCCCGAAAAGGAAAGUGAGGCGCCAAUGAAACUGUUAAAAAGGCAGCUUGACCAGAAGCUUCUAGAUCAGACGUACUCCCUUGAGGAGUUUGAGAAGACCAAAAGUGCCCUUUCCAGAUCGCACAGAAAGAUCGGGGCGCAGUGUCCAGAGCUGGCAGUGACAAAACAACUGGCAGUGUCUACUAAACCAGGAGAGGUCUCCUUAUCCCCUGAGGAGAAGAACCAGGAGGCUGUUGUUCCUGUCAGUCCCCCUUCUUUGCAAUUAGAAGAUGUUGUUUCAGAAGUCAAUCGUGAAUCAUCUUUAAAUGAAUGCCACGUCACAGUACCAAACCCGGUCAGUAGCGUUUGUGACAUCAGUCAGGUGCAGAGUUGUACAUCUGUGGUUAACAACAACUAUGACCCCAGUCACGCUUUACCAUGGUCCAAGGCGGGCGACGACGCCGACCUGGACGUAGCCAAUGAGGUGACUCUGAGACAAACGUGGCAAAGGUUCGUGGAACACUCUAGGGAGAGGCUUCAAAGCCUGAGGAUCCACAAAGAGCAUAAGGCAGCCAGGCAGUUGGGCUUCAUCAUUGCAGCGUUCCUGCUGUGUUGGAUUCCGUACUUCAUAACCUUCAUGGUGAUGGCGUUCUGCAGAGAGUGCGUGCACCACGAUCUGCACAUGUUCACCAUAUGGCUUGGCUACAUCAACUCCACCCUCAACCCUUUCAUAUACCCGCUCUGUAAUAGGAAUUUUAAACGAGUCUUCAAAAACAUUCUUCACAUCAAUUUGUGACAGUAGUUCCAGCGUCUCUCUGUUUUACCAGUCGGGUGUUGAGACUUUUAUACACUUUAGGGGAGGGGUGGCCGAAUGUGGCCCAGGGUCCUCAGCUUGUUUCUUAGUGGCCCGCGGCACAUUAUAAAAAUACAAUUACACAAGAAAACUAACAUAAACAACAGCAAAUUACAAAAAGGCGUAAUGUAACAAGAAAAAUUAAAUGUUGGUGCUAAUAAUACAUACAGAGAUACAGGCUGUAUUUUAUUUAAAGGGGCCGUAUCUUAAAUUUCCAACUUUUCAGACUUAUGUACAGUGCCCUCCAGGAUUACUGGAACAGUGAGGUCAAUUUUUUAUUUUUGCUGUAGACUGAAAACAUUUGGGUUUGAAAUCAAAAGAUGAAUAUGAAAACAGAGAGCAACUUUGCAGAUUUAUUUCCAAGUAUUUACAUCCCAAUUUGAUACACAGUCAGAACUUAGCAAUGAUGCAUUCACGGUCUUACAGAAAGUUGGAUAUUUGUAACUCUUUUCAAAAAUGCACAUUUUCAUUGGAAAAUAAAUAUUUGAGCAUUGGGGAAGCCCCAACAAGGAGGCUGAAGAGCUGCAUGUGACUCCGGAGCCUCGGGUUGCCGACUCCUGACUUAGACGAUAGCAUUUUUGUUUGAAUGCACCCAUUUUUCAUGUGAGCAAAAAUACUGGAACAUAUGAAUAACAGGUGUGUUUUGUUGCCCAAGUGUGUCUUAUUCCAUUGCUUAUUCAAUCAAUACAUAGCAUUUUCAGACUGGGUAUGAUUGGUUUUGCCUGUGCAGACUGCAUUUAGAGGUGAAAACAACAUGAGAACCAGAGCGAUGCCACGGGCAAAAACAAGCAAUUGUGAAACUGAGAGAAGAUGGAAAAUCAGAGCCAUUGCGCAUUGGUCAUUGCCAGUACAACCAUUUGGAAUAUACUGAAGACGAAAUAAACUACUGGUUUACUAAGUAACAGACAUGGAAGAGGUAGACCAACGAAUAUAUCAGCAGCUGAGGACAGAAACAUUGUGAGAACUGUUAAGAAAGAUGCUAAAAGUGACAUCAGCAACAACUUACAGAGGGCAGGAGCAAAGCUAUCACUAUCUCCUGUUCAUUGAAGACUUCCUGAGCAAAAGUACAAUGACUACACCAGAAGAUGCAAACCACUUAUUAGCAAGAAGAAUAGUAAGGCCAGACUUGCUAAGAAAAAAUCUGAGACAAAAGUUUCAUGGACUGAUGAUUUUUUUUUUUUUUGCCUCAUCGCUGUACUUUUUGACAAACCUGGCCUUCCUAUUAUUCAUGCUAACACAGGCAUGUCCACAAUGUUUCCACAUACUGAAAAAUGAAAGGAUGCAAGGGCCACUGUGAUAUUUUGUAAAGCAACAUAUGUACAGUAGAUACGCUAGGAAGUUUAUAUAGUUCAAGAGAAAAAUGCAUUUCAGUUUCCCACCCCAUUUUUUCUGUUUUUUUAUUUUCCAAAUAUUUAAACAUUUUUCUUAAAAAUUUUAAUGGAUAAAAUGUAAUUUUUUCUUUUCGUAUUUGUAUGACUUUAUUCCCAUAUUCUUUUACUGAGAUAGAUACUUUAUUAAUCUCCAAGAGAUUCUCUCCCAUAAUAUAACGUUUUCGCAAACCUAAUUUUACCAAAAAUGUCAACUGUAUUUUGUUUGUUUCUCUUAUUACUACUUCUUAAUUUAUUAUUUCAACUCUAGGCUACUGAAAUGAUAUUAUUUUUCCUCAUAAUGUUACGAGUUUAGUCUCAUAAAAUUACUACUUUAUUCUUUUAAUAUUUUGACGUUAUUCUUGUAAAAUGACAGCUGUCUUUUUCCA